UCCUGCCUCCUGGUCAGACACAGAAAGUCACCGAACCCUCCGCUGCAACCGGAACCGCUCGGUUCUUUGAUGUUAGACACUGGAAUCCACCCAGAACCAGAACUUUCCCCUCAGAGCCGCCUCAGACCCAGCAGCGGACUUCCAGGCGGACAAUGGACCGGUACCGGUACUUCAUCUUCAACCAGAGAGCGGUUCUGGUUCUGGGCGUCCUCCAGAUCGCCUGCGCGGGGCUCUGCGUGGUCUGCGGCUUCAUGGACGCGGUUUUCCGCAAGAACACCCCGCUGAGCAGCAGCAGGAUGCCGCUAUGGGGAGCACUGGUUCUGGCCUCCCCGGGUGUCCUGGCGCUGUUUGCAUCUCAGAGGAAAAAUGCUGUGUUGGUCAGCGGGAUGGUGGUAGCUGCUGGACUUUCCUGUGCCGCUGCAGUCCUCAUCUUGGCUUACUGCUCUCUGACCCUGACCUACGGGGAGGAGGAUGAAGACGUCUUCCAUCACCACCCCAGUGCCAAAGUGACGUUUGUUCUCCAUCGGAUGGUGAAGGGAGCCAACGCCACAAUCAUCCUGACCUGCAUUCUGGGCCUGGUUCUGUCCUCGCUUAUCGGCUAUGUGGGCCUCCGCAGCCUCCCCUGCUGUGGCUGCUAUGACUCCAGGACUGGACUGGAGGUUCUGGUUCCUCAGAGUGAUUCUGGAGACCCGGAGCUGGUGUGUACAUGGCAAGCAGGUGGAGAUGACUGCUUCUUUAACUCUCCUCAAACAUCUGAGGUGGCCUCGAAAGAGGAGGAGGAGGACGCCCCCUCCAGGCAUCCACUAUACAGCAGGCUGAGCUGACCCGGUGCUGAUCCAAAGACCUGUGAACUGCUCUGGUUCCAGAAUGGACCCGUUUCCCUGCAGAGUGGCUGUAAACCUGAUGCUGUGUGAAUCUAAGCUCUGAUUUUAUCCUGUUUAAUAAAGACCU